GUGGAUGAACAAGAAGCAAGCAACUCAGCUUUGGGCGAGGCGAGCGAGCACCGACAAUGAAAAUUCUGUCAGGAGAACCUAGCAGCCAACGCCAUCCGUCAAUUAAAAAGCAGCACAGACGAUAAUACUGUACAGAGAGACACACAAAACUGGGUUAUUUUCUUUGGACCAGGCACUAUCUACACUACGGCCGGGACGCAAAGUUACGAUAACCGGCACGGAGCAAUCAAAGCUAAUCAAAGAGGGAGCAGACCUAUCAAGACGUGAGAGCACGAGAUCGCCGAGGUACACUGUAACUUUGACAGACAUGCAAAUAUACUUGCAUAAACUCGUCACUGGGUGCACUCUUUUCCCUGGGUUCCUGCAGAGGUGCAAGCCUUCGCUUCGCCAAACCUUCUCUCUUCUCGCCAACGAUUCAUUAUGUCAGCCUGAGUGGACACAUCCACAUGGAAACGAUAGCGGACGUUUAAUGGAGACAUCCACAACCGAGAAGUAUUUUUGCUCUCUCAUGCCUGCCCUAACGCAGAGUCAGAGGCACGAUUCCGUUUACUGAACCGUCGGUCAAGAACGAUAUAUCGUAUACUUGACGGUAAUAGAGUCGGUGACGGAUACAAAAAGUCGGAGUCAAUGUCGGUGUCGAGAUACCUUGCUGAACCGACAGGGAACGGCUAUCCACUCACUCCGUAAUCCGUCCCGUCCGCCUCGAAGAAUGGCGGUACAAGGUCACUGGCCCACUAGCACAUUAUCCACGGGAUAAGGGGAACCGGGGGGCUUGUCAAAAGACACAAAGGAAACAGGGGGGGCGGGGCCGGAGAAUGGAAGCCAAUAGCAGCAAUAGGGACAGAACUGUCUAAUCAAGGACCGCAUGGCAAUCAAUGAUAUGGUACCGGUACCGUGAGGAACGAAAAACGAGGCACGAGACACGCAUUAUCGUUGGCCACCAAGGAUGACACAGCAACAGGCCAGUCUAAAGAUGGGAAGGCCAAUUCUCAGCCGCUGCGCAUCGGCCAAGCAGCCAAAAACAGUCAGAUCUUGGAAACGUAAUCGCAAAAAUCAUGAAAUCAUCCAGACCAAGAGGUAUAAGGCGGGGAAGCUGAGGUGGCUCCAUCACUACCAGAAACUCACCAGCAGCCUCUGGUCCUAUGCUUCAGCUGGAUGGUUGACCAAAUACAGCAUAAUUACAGUUCCUACCACGCCUACCUCGGGACCUGUAGGUCCGCCUUUUUCUAACUUCUGUGUAUGUACUUUACGGAGAAUGCUCUGGCCAUUUCGUCCCAGCACUGUCUUCGACUUCAACCAACGCGAUUCAGGCGUAGCGUCAUAGCACCACGGCCUGUCAAAGAGAGGAUCCGUUCCCAGCACAGCGGCGUAAGGCCUGGGAUCACAGUCGUCGCGGGCACGCCUUGCAUCUCGCGCCCCACUUGAUGUGAAGUUCCCCGGUCAAGCGCGUCAAAUUCUAGCGGGAGACGGUCUACACGGGGAAGUUGAUGAGACUUCCUGUCGGAUUCGCGUCAAUUACCCCUGUAUCAGAACGCAUGGCCUUACCUGAUAUGCACUGUACGCGCUUGCGUGUAUGACAGGUACUCACACACAGUGUUGAAUAUCAUAUCGACACGGUUCGCUGCUUAAACCACAACUCUGGAACACUCUAAUCUCUACUACUCCGUACGAUUAGGGGUGUUUAAUUUUAUCAACCUUUUUAUACCAUCAGUUACCUAUUUAUCACUGGGCUACAUACAAGCGACCUCUCAUCGUCGUGCACGGCUACCAAGGUUCAUUUGAUCUAUCAAACAGUCCGUGGCAUCCAUGUUUUCCUCUGGAACAUUGCUUCAUCCACCUAUUGAUCCCACCCAUUGACAACACCUGCAACACCUCAGUCAAGUCGUGGCCAGCUAGGCAGGCUUCACCGUUUUCCCAAGUGUCCCAGUAUUGAUUUGUCUGCGAGGGAGACUUGGCUAGACCAGCAUCGGCUGUGCCGUGAUUAAGGUUGGGAUUGAUAAGGGGCUCGUUAAUCUGAACAAGUCGGUCGGUAUGCGCACAUGAAGGCCUAUGAUAACAAAUACCAAAUCAGAUGCAGGGAGGCAAACAAGAUCACAGAUUUGCGAACGUUCCACAAAAGAGGUCAAAAAUUCCUAUGUACAGCAUCAUCAUUUCAACACCUCUAAAGGUGAAUGACUGAUCUUGUCCGGGAGAUCGACAGGAGAAUCAUGCGCGAUCAUUGGUAAUUUGCAGCGUCACACUUGACACUCAGCUUCUACGAUCUGCCAUGAAUGGCAAGACCAGACAAAAUCCAUUUUUAUCUCCUUUCACCAGCACAGAACAUGAAUUGAUUCAUUCUCGUAUCCACUACGCCAGGGACAAGCCACAAUGCAAAACUUGUUACGAGAGGAAUGAACAUGACGGAUAGCUUUGGGGAAACGAGUCGCGAGCUGGAAGGGGUUCAUCUCGCUGUGGAAACUUGUGCAAUACGCUACUGUACUGAGCCCCUCUCAGCUCGCCGGCCUCCUCGGAUCUGCAACCUAUUUGUCCUGUAAUGCUGUUAUACCCCGCAACGGUCGGACGGCACUGGCGCCCGAACGGAUCCAGCAGUUGAUAAUCCACCAAAUGUUGGAAAGGAUGAAGGGGAAGUCCAUCGUCUUUUGAGGGGUUGUUAUCCGGUUUUGCAAUCACUACAAAAGAUUGGGUGGUUGCAACAAUACGUUGGCGAUCUGGCAUACUGUUUGUUACGCUCAGUCUCUAGCCACCCGUUCAAGUCUGUAUCAACUCAACUCAGACGGCACGGAUCGGGACGAUACACAUUUGCUUCCAACGGUAUUCGCGUCUUACUUGCCUGACUGCUGUAAAACGCCUGGAACUUUAAAAGAUGAUGCAUAAUUUCCUCUCUUGACCCUUGCGUUUCCAGAGCAAAAGUUACGAGAUCCACGCCAAUAGCGGGCGGGUCCGCGGCAGUCUCCCGGUGUAGGGAGCCAUGAAUUUGGUCAGGCUCCACGUGGUGUCAAGGCGACGUAUGGUGGAGUGCAUUUUUGCUUCUAUGGAGCUGUUGUUGUGUGCUUUUCUUCCUGGCCUGCCUGCUUCGUUUUCAACUCAACCUUGGUGGUAUUUCUCUGUUGGUGGCCUGCGAUGUCCUAACAUAAUGCAAAACCAGCCACAGCUACGCGAAUAGCUGUGAGGCUAUCAAGAGGAUACACAUGAUUUUCCAGCCAGCACCUCCCUCAGCAGACAGUGUUGCGGUGGGAUGGAGGAGAAAUGAUGGACGUGCACAUCGGCGCCGUAGUCAUGGGAGACGGGCUCGCAUGGCACCGUCACCCAUAGGCUAAUAUUUGAGCCAAACCUGACUGCGAGUAGGGGACGGAAAAUGACGAGUCAGAGAGGCUGCUAAGUUCGUCUUGAAAUAUUUCAAACUCGUCUGAGUAAUUUUGUCACUUAUUGGGAUCCAUAUCUUACGUUUCCUUAACGCCCCUAUCCGAAGAACAAGACGAAAGUAAGAUUGGAGGGUAAGGGGGCCCAACCAUGAAGACUUGUCUUAUCUGUCACUUAGCAGAGAGCGCGUUGUGCGACAGUCACAACUCUUUAAGGUCGUGUUAGUACGGAUUCGGUGAUGUUAUCCGGGACCUUCACGAACUGAUCUGACCUGAUCAUUGCUGACUCACCUAUGCGCGCGAGUAAAACAAACAGGAGCGCAUCGUUUCUCCGUGUCGAUCUGCAAGAUGUUGAUGUCCGCAGAGCAAACAGAGCCGUCACCUGCAGUCGCUGGCUGGACAAUGCCUCUUGUUUGCACACUCAUCACUUGCAUGCUGCAUGAUAUUCGAUACUGUCAAUUCAUUCGUUGGACAUUUCAAGUCAAAGGGAACGAGAGAACGAGCGACCAGCCACUCGCAAGGCCCCUCCUGAAUCGUGCGUACCCAGUAUCAGCCAGUGUCGAUUACCUAUGAGAGGUCUGUUAAGGACUCUACUAUUGUACAAGUUGUGUGUCAAAGAACGACCUGUUACACCUUCCGGUCGGAAUGACGAAACGUCAAGAGGUACUGAACUGAGGUUCUCGGCGAUCUAACACACAUGACGGAAAGUCUAAGAGACGAGCCAACAGCAACACAUGUACGGAUACAUUGGUUCUCUGGCAAUUUACCCACACAAUGGACACAGUUGAUCACCUUGCGUUAUUAGCACCUUGAGAUAGGCUUGUUUCUCUGAUGGUUGUUGUUUGCCAACACCGUCCCCUCGCACUAACUACUUAGGUCAAUACGUAUUAUUGAAGUGAGCUAGGUACUAUAAUGCUUCAUCUCGGCGACUUCUGGCCGCUGCAACCCAACCGUAACAACAGCCUGAGAUGUUGUAUGGAUGGGUGGAUGAUGGAUGUAUGUAUGUAGCUAGUAGACCUAGAAGCCGGCUAUGUUGUGUCGGCCCCGUUUCUACUUUUGAAUGUCACUGAAUUGGAAACCUAACGAGUUGCCAAAAAGGGCUGAUGGACGGGACACGAAGGGUUUCAUUGAGACGUGGUUUUUCCAGUGGAGAAAUCCCAUCCAUCGGUGGAGAGGCAUUGAAAUUCUCAGGCUGCUCUUGUCACUUUAGUAGCAUCUUGUAAGUUACGGUACAGUCCAUAGGUUCAAUCCAUCAUACCUUACUUAGUAGGUAGGUACCUUUUUUAGAAUGGUGCAACUCAA